UGGUUUGUUUCAUUAAUAAAACAACACUGUGUUUGACAUCUUUUAAAUCAAAUCUGCACUGUUCCUUCAGUGUACUGGUUAUCGUUUAAUACCAAAAAGUUGCUGACCUGGAUCAAAGGGUACACAGUGUGCUUUGGACUGUUUUCUACUGGGCAUUAGUUGCUGUUCUUAAGACAACCAACUGUCCUUCACCAUGGCCCCUGUUGUUGGAGGUCCUGUAGGUUACACCCCACCAGAGGGGGGCUGGGGUUGGGCUGUGGUUGCUGGGGCCUUCAUCUCUAUUGGUUUCUCCUAUGCCUUCCCCAAGUCCAUCACUGUAUUCUUCAAGGAGAUUGAAGUGAUCUUCCAAUGCACCAGUAGCCAAGUCUCCUGGAUCUCUUCUAUCAUGUUAGCUGUCAUGUAUGGAGGAGGUCCCAUCAGCAGUAUCCUGGUAAAUAAGUAUGGCAGUCGCCCGGUUAUGAUAGUUGGGGGAUGCCUCUCAGGAGCUGGACUCAUUGCAGCAUCUUUCUGCAACACAGUGGAGGGCUUGUAUUUCUUUGUGGGCGUUGUGGGAGGUCUGGGACUUGCCUUUAAUCUGAAUCCAGCCCUUACAAUGAUUGGUAAAUACUUCUACAAAAAAAGACCUAUUGCUAAUGGACUUGCCAUGGCUGGUAGCCCAGUGUUUCUAUCCACUUUAGCCCCUCUAAACACUUGGUUUUUUGACCAGUUUGGCUGGAGGGGCAGCUUUCUAAUUCUAGGUGGAUUAUUGCUCAACUGCUGUGUAGCUGGAGCUCUCAUGAGGCCUAUUGGUCCAAAGCCCAAACCUGCUGAGAAAAAUGUCAAGACUUCUGGUGAGAAGAGGACAGUAAUAAGCAUUAUCAACAGUUUUAUUGAUCUGUCUCUUUUCAAACACCGAGGGUUUGUCCUGUACCUCAUAGGCAAUAUUGUCAUGUUUUUUGGCCUUUUUACUCCCCUGGUAUUUCUAAGUAAUUAUGCCAAAAGUAAACAUAUUCCAAAGGAGAAAGCUGCUUUUUUGCUUUCAGUGCUAGCUUUGGUUGAUAUGGUGGUGCGGCCGACCAUGGGAACAGUGGCCAACACCAAGUGGGUGCGCCCCAGAAUACAAUAUUUCUUUGCAGCUUCUGUUCUUUUCAAUGGUGUCUGCCAUUUGCUUGCACCUAUUUCAGAGGAUUAUAUCGGGUUUGUUGUAUAUUCAAUCUUCUUUGGGUUUGGGUUUGGGUGGCUCAGUUGUGUGCUGUUUGAGACUCUGAUGGAUCUGGUGGGAACCCAGCGCUUCUCCAGUGCUGUAGGAUUGGUAACCAUUGUAGAGUGCGGACCAGUGUUAAUCAGCCCUCCUUUGCUAGGAAAAUUUAAAGACGUAUACCAUGAUUACAAAUACACUUACAUAACGUGUGGAAUAAUCCUGGUAGUCGCAAGCAUGUUCCUCUUCAUCUGCAUGGGCAUCAACUACAGACUGCUGGAUAAGGAAGCAAAACAGGAUGCUAAAAAAGCUCAGCUGAAAGAAAAGGAAGAUGAAUCCACUAUAGACAUUGCAGACAAAGAGACUGGAAAUGAGGAAGCUGCAGCACUGCAAAAAUCAACUGACUCCAAAACAGCAGAAGACACAGUCUAAUAGUGAAUUAUCUAUGAAUAAUUGGACAGUUUUAAUGCAUUAUAUCUAUGCAAUGCUUUAGUAUUGUCAGACUUGGGGGCAACACUUCUCAUAGUUAUUUAGAUUUUGAGGUAGCUGUGCAAACUAAACAGUCCAAUUUUGGGAGUGAAAUAGAAUUUACUAAGCGGAUAUGAAAUUCAGGGCCUCAAGAUCUUUUAACCUAGAAUAUUUAUUUGAAAUAACUAACAAUAUUCAAAGUGUUUAUAUGUAUUUUUCAUAAAUAUGUUAAAAUAGACAAGACAUCAUGUAUAUCUAUGUAUUUUUCUCAGAUAGGCUUAGUUUAAGACCACAUGUGCAUGUUUAUACCUUAAUCCAAAUGUAUGGCAUUUUCUUUAAGCACCAUACAUUUAAUUUGUGGAUUUUAAAUGAAAGUUGUUUUGUAGUCUGUGCUAGUUAUUGGUGAAUUAACAGUGGUAAAAACCUCUGACAUAUCACAGAUAUUAAUAAUAGUAUUAAACACAUAAUAAAGGUAAUAAUUAUUACAGUAUUUUUAUAUUAAAUAUUUUAAAGCA